UUAUAAUUCCUGUCAGCCCUUUGCUUCCGGAAAGAGUCUGAUUCCCAGACUGCAAGAGAGUUUUUCUGAUAGGAUUGUUUUGAUACUUUUACCUAUUGAGGGGUGACGGGGAGGACUCCAGAAGGCUUGUGCACAAACCCACAGGAGGGAGAGCAGCUGAGGGUGCUGUGUGAUGUGCACGGUCCCUGUUACCUGCUGCAGGUACCUCAAGCCUUGAAGGGAUCCUUUUCAUUUAGAAUCCGUGUCUUCUCUUAAGUAAUUGAUCACCGCGCACCCGGGGACACCCAAUUCACAGCCGAGUGGGAUCAGCCUUCAUGAAUAAUCAAAACGCCGUGGCCGCGCUGCUGCAGGAGUGCGAGCGAGCUCUGGACGCGCUCCUGUCGGCAAAGGCUGGCACGGGCGAGGAGGACGAGCGGGAAUACCGGCGGUGCCAAGCUCUGCUUCCUGAGGACUUGAGGACCCUUCUGGAGGAGGCAAAGGAAAUGAAGUGGCCCUUUGUGCCGGAGAAGUGGCAAUACAAACAAGACCUCGGCCCAGAAGACAAAACAAACCUGCAAGAUAUGAUCAGUGCGAGGCUCCCUGACUUACUGGUUUAUCUGAAGGCCUCCAUCGUGGUCAGGGACUGCGCCACGGCCAGUGCCGUCGUGUUCCUCAUCGACCGGUUCCUGUACUGGAUCGACGCCUCCGGCAAACUCCUGCGGAUCGCCAAGGGCCUGCACCGGCUGCAUCCCAGCGCUCCCGUCAGCCCGCAGGUGCUCAUCCGCCAGGCUCGCCUCGCCGUCAACGCAGGUAAACUUUUAAAAGCUGAAUAUAUCCUAAGCAGCCUGAUUAAUGACAAUGGAGCAACAGGUACCUGGCGAUACUCUGAGGGAAGCGAUCGGAUCCUCGUUCAGGCAGUCUGCUUGCAGAUCAGGGGGCAAAUCCUGCAAAAGCUUGGGAUGUGGUAUGAGGCAGCAGAGUUGAUCUGGGCUUCGCUCGUGGGAUACUUCAGACUUCCUCAGCCAGAUAAGAAGGGAAUUGCCACUUCCUUGGGUUUUAUGGCAGACAUCUUUGCUUCCAUGAAUGAGCAGGAUUAUGCACGUUUUAAAACCAGUGCUGACAUAGACCUGAGCUUCCUCCAAGAGUCUGGUCACCGCUUGUUAUCCGCUGCUGAGGCCUGCAAGCUGGCAGCAGCCUACAGCCAGUACACCCCCCUGUUUGUCCUCACGGCCGUGAACAUCCGUGGGAUGUGUUUGCUGUCCUACAGUCACUCCAAGGACUGUCCCCUGGAAAAGAGAGAGUUCUACUUGUCUGAAGCCAAAGAAUCCUUCGAGAUCGGGCUCCUCACCAAGAAUGACCAGAGUCCCAUCACCAGCAAGCAGGAGCUCCACAGUUUUAUCAAAGCUGCCUUCUGCCUCGCCACCGUGCACCGGUGGCUCCAUGGGGAGAGCAGGGAGCUCCGUGAGGUGGGUCAGCUGUGCAGGGAAGCCUUGGGAAUACUGCAUUCGUACAGCACUUCGUUCCCAGAAGAGGAGGAGAAAGGAAAGCUUGCCAAGGAGAUCAUGUCCCUGAUCACAUCGGUGAAGAAGCGCCUGCGAGUGGAAAGCUUCCCCAAUUCCGAUGCCAGGUCUUAUGUCCCAGACAGUUAUAAAGGCACAGUGGGAAAACCUGCCCUGCAAAGGGAAACCAGCUUUGAGAAGAUCCUUGCCAGGCAUUCCCAGCAUCACCUGUCAGUGUGCCAAGUGUUUGAGAACACCUGCAGGGCUCGUAAAAUGCUGGGAGAAAUCCAGCUGGGACCUUGUAUCACAACCUUAAGGACAGAGACCAAAACCACGGACACUGCGUGUACUACUCAGGAAAUACUGCAGGAUGAGAGAGGGGCUGCAAAAAUCCUGAGCUUGCCAACAGCAGGAAGUAGCUCAGAGAGACUUGGUGGCUGGAGAAAUCAAGACAUUUGUUCUGGUGUGAUGAAAAUUUCCUUGGAAGAAGAGACUGAGCCUUUAGGAAUGGAAAUAAAUGAUGAAAAUGGUGGUUUCAGCGCAGGGCAAAACAGGAGUCAAAGCACGACUUCAGAGAGCUCUUGGUGCAAGCUGUCAAAAUCCAGUUACUCUUCCAGCUGGGAGGAGCUAAACUGUAACAACAGCAGAGAGUCCCCCAGGGAAGGGCAGCAGCAGGAGAAGGGCUCAGCAGAGGAGCGAUGCUGCACCACAGAAUCUGAUGGAAACGGUCAAGCCACAUCCUUGUGCCCGUUGCCUCCCAGAGCCUGGAAUCCCGCUCCUCGGGAGCCUCUCCACAGCUUUGAGGGGUCUCCUCAGCCUUCCUUGGAGGGAGGUGCACCUCGAGCUGGGAGGAGGGUAGAGAAGGCGUCUCUUUGUGGAGACGAACUGCAGGAGGGAAGACACUGUGGAAGGAGAUCUCCACAAAAGAAAGCAAAGGACCCGAGUGAUGCAUUUCCUUCCCUCUCCAGCUCUUACUCUGUUCCUAGCAGGUUGGAGGAGGAGAAGUCCUCCCCCUGUGCACAGCUGGGCUGCAGGACCAAGGACAGUGGCAGGGAGGGAGGCGGCAGCCGCUUUGAGCGGGUCCCCCCGGGAGAACCGGCAGGAGGCACAGAGGAUCCCUCGUGUGAGACACAUCCCCCCCAAAACGGGGGUAAAUCUGCGCUGUCAAUGAUCGUUGAGCCCAAACCAGGCAGCAACUCCUCUGUGUGUGACUGGAUGAGGAAACCUGCCAUGGUGGGGGACAGACCCCGCCAAGUGCCUGAGGUUGACACCCAAGCAGAAACGAUUGAUGACACAGAGUUUGAUUUCCUCAGUGUUGGAGACUUAGUAAACAGUUAUCCUGCGGCAUCCGCUCCAAAGCAUCAAGCAGCUCCCAGUGUGCCAACAGGUUUGCCCUCACAGGACAAGAUAUCUGUAAGCAAGCACUUUGACUGUGCCACUACAGAAGGAGAUGAGGAGAAGUCUCAGGACAUGGUGAGCAGCAGGAGACAAUCCAGUUCAUCUCUGAGUUCAUGGAUCAAAUCAGCACAGACGCCCACGAGUUUCCCUGAGGUUCCUUUUCUGACCCCAGGGGGAAGUUUUGCCCUCACACCUGGGAGAACGAAGGAAGAAAUCCUGGACGCUCGAUUUCUGAGGGAUGACGAUUACAAGCAGCUUCUGGCAGGGGUGGAACACAAUUGGCUUGUCCAGAGACUGAUGCCUACUGGGAUUUUUGGGACCAAAGAGCUUCGUAAAGCGUACUCUGCUCUUCUUUUAAAAUACUCCAAGAAAUCCGGCCUGUGGAUGGGCCAAGAGACCGCCGUGUUCAUCGGGGACUACCUGAACGUGGCAAAGGAAGGCAAGCAGAGAAGUGCCUUCUGGAUACACCUCCUGCACCAAGAAGAAAUCCUGGGAAGGUAUGUUGGGAAGGAGUAUAAAGAAGAAAAAGGGCUCCUCCAUCACUUCAGUGACGUGGAGCGACAAAUGACCGCCCAGUACUACGUGACAGAGUUCAACAAGAGGCUGUAUGAGCAAAAGAUCCCCACCCAAAUCUUUUAUAUCCCAUCUGCGGUACUCCUGAUACUGGAAGACAGAACUAUAAAAGGGUGUGUGAGUGUGGAGCCCUACAUCCUCGGGGAGUUUGUGAAGCUGUCCAACAACACCAAGGUAGUAAAGAACGAGUACAAAGCCACGGAGUACGGUCUGGCUUACGGCCACUUCUGCUACGAGUUCUCCAGGGGAACAGACGUCGUCGUGGACCUGCAGGGCUGGGUGACAGGAAACGGGAAGGGCCUCAUCUACCUCACAGACCCCCAGAUUCACUCUCUUAAUAGCAGAGAUGUCUCCCGCUCCAACUUUGGGAAGAGAGGAAUUUAUUACUUCUUUAAUGACCAGCACGUGGAGUGCAACGAGAUCUGUCGCAGCCUGUCUUUGACAAGGCCCUCGCUGGAGCUGCUGGCAUAGACUCUCACAGGCUUGGGCACAAUUUCAGAGGUAUCAGGCACUCUGUCUUCACCCGGGGCUUGGAUAUUGGAAAUCAUGGAUUAAUGUGCCCCAAAACCUCAUUGCCUGAAGAACUUGGACACACACGUGGCCCCAAACACACAGAGCUUAAAUUAUUGUUUCAUAUUUCUGGUAUAAAUAUGGGAAUAUUGGGGGAAAUAAACAGUUGACUCUGAUGAUGGGGAAUUUAAUAUUUUGGCUGGAAGUUUCGUCUUAGAGCUACUGACCAAAAAAAUUGCUGCUUUUUUAUUUUCUCUGGUUUCAGAAUAAAGUAAUUUGAACUAACCUGACACUUAGGGAAUACU